UCUCGUGGUGUUUGUUCAAAAUAAACAAAGAUUUUAUUUAAUUCUAAUACAUUGCUUUUGCUAACGCAUAAAAAUGUCUAAACGACCAGAACAUUUAGCCCCACCUGAAGUCUUUUACAAUGCUGAUGAGGCAAGAAAAUACACACAAAACUCCCGUAUUAUUGAUAUUCAGGCUCAAAUGACAGAAAGAUGCCUGGAGCUUCUCCUUCUCCCUGAGGACUCGCCUUGUUUGUUACUGGACAUUGGCUGUGGGUCCGGGCUAUCAGGGUCUGUGCUUGAAGAAAAUGGCCACAUGUGGGUUGGUAUGGAUAUCUCCCCUGACAUGUUAGAUGUUGCCAUUGAAAGAGAGACAGAAGGUGAUCUAGUUCUAGCAGACAUGGGUGAAGGUGUGCCUUUCAGAGCUGGUUGCUUUGAUGGCGCCAUAUCUGUGUCAGCCUUACAGUGGCUCUUUAAUGCAGACAAAAAGUCCCACAAACCUGUCAAAAGGCUUUAUACAUUCUUCAGUUCUCUAUACGCAUCUCUGUCCAGAUCAGCCCGUGCAGUGUUUCAGUUCUACCCAGAGAAUGAGAGCCAGUUAGAAUUGCUCACAUCUCAAGCAAUGAAAGCAGGUUUCUAUGGAGGAGUGGUCAUAGACUAUCCCAACUCGGCAAAAGCCAAGAAAUUCUUUUUAGUGCUUAUGACUGGUGGCUCAGCACCUUUACCAACAGCUUUAGGUACAGAUGAAACUGAUAAUAGUCUACAAGUGAAAUAUGCAAGGAGGGAAGCUACCAGAGGGGCUAGAGGUAAACCUCUGAAGAACACUAGAGCAUGGUUAUUAGAAAAGAAAGAGAGACGUAGGAAACAAGGAAAAGAGACCAAACCUGACACAAAAUACACUGGGAGGAAAAGAAGCGGUAGAUUUUAAAUCAAAAAUACAUAACUGUACAUAUUUUUAUUACUAUCUAAGUAAAUUAUAUUGCCUUACGUUA